AGCUAUGGUUUUUGGCAACAUGAUGUUAUUGAUAUUAAGGUUACUCCCAUGAUUACUGCUUUAUUAUUAGCAUUGACACCUGCAUAGGUCGGUUGUGUCGUUGUAGGCUACACAAUUCCAUAGACAAAAAACAGUGUGAUUUUCUGCCCUGAAUUUAGGUUACAACCGGUCGUGGUGUGGCUGUUUGUUUACAAAUGAUUAUCCCUCACCUCUGUGUUAAUGCUCAUCACUACGGUGGUGGCGGGAGCUUUCCACUUUCUUGACGACAUCAUUAAUGUAGUUUAAAUAAUCUAAUCCAGUUCCUGUUCUUCUUCCGUACCGAUAGGAUAUCUAUUCCUGUUGCUAGGCUCUAGCUACUGUCUUGUCUCUGAUUUCUAGCUCGUCGCGCUUAAGGCGUUGUAAUCCUGUGGCCUGCUACUUUUGCAGCUGUAGCUGUCUGAGGAGAGGUAUUGCACCUGUAAGUUCGUGAUUGUGUUAUGUAUUGUUACAGCUUUGUGACCAACGCACACGGGCUUCGUCUCUCCGUCUGCCUGUCACUCGGUGCGUGAGAGAGUCUGUAGGUCGGGUUUUGUUGUGCUAUAGGCAGGUGUCGGUUGGGAUGCCAGAAUGGGAGUGGCAGGCCUGUGGCAGCUGCUCGAUCCUACUGGGAGACCUGUGCGCCUGGAGACGCUCGAGGGUAAAGUUCUUGCCAUCGAUAUCAGCAUUUGGCUGAAUCAACUAGUAAAAGGUUACCGGGGGUCAGGUGGUGUGUCGGUGGACAAUGCUCAUUUACUCGGCCUCUUUCAGCGAGUAUGCAAACUAUUACACUUCAAGAUCAGGCCUGUUUUUGUAUUCGAUGGUGAAGCGCCAGCAUUGAAAUACCAAACUCUUGUCACCCGGAAACGACGACGCGAAGAUGGUGAUGGAGCCAUUCGCGCUGCCACGAAAAAAAUGCUGCAGACAUACGUUGAGCAGAAGCUACUUGGCGAAACAAGUCCGAAAUUUCCUAAAAUCAAACCUUCAAGGCGUGAUCAGGCCGAAGUGGAUUUGUUCCAACUGCCAGAAAUGCCCCACACGUUAUCUAGCAGUGGAGAUGAGUCGUCUAUGUCUGAAUCGGCUGUCAACAUUACUCGGGACGCAGACCUCACCACGAUCAAAAUUGACUCUGAGGAAUUUAAAUCGCUUCCGCAAGAGUUGCAACACGAGUUUCUCGUGGCGUUGAAGAAUCAGGCAAUAAAAGGAGCAGUUGAUGUGGACGAGUUACCCGCUGACAGAAACGAUUUCUCUACAUAUCAAGUGGAACAACUUCUCAAGAAGAACAAACUGCAAGCUCGAAUAAAAGAGAUGCAGCAAAAAAUGAGUGAUGGUAUGCUCAGGAUGGCGUCCGACGCUAGUGUGAAGGUAUUACUCAAAGUGUCACCUCAUCGACGAAAUGCCGAGGCGAGAAACCAGGCUGAAAAAGAUGGAGAUGAUGAGUCGCCGUCAAAAAAGGCGAAAUUGGAACGACGUUUAAUCGAAGAGGACGAUGGUAUUGAUGCUCUACAGGAAGACACCAGGGAAAAACGGGUGGAAAAUUUUCUCAUCUCACAAUGGUUGGAAGGAGCCCAGCGCGGAGAGGAGAGCAACGAAACCCUGAAAAAGGCCGUUGAACUAGUCCGGGAUGAGGUUGAGGUUAUGUCAGAUAGUGGUGCUAGCUCUGAUGAGGCGGAGCAGCCUCCUUCGAUCUGCGAAGUUCGUAAACGGUUGCUGUCCACCGGUGGAAAAGUCAGCGCCGAGGAAGCCAUGCGCCAGCAUGAGCCGACAAAUGGUCCUGUGAGCAAAGAGGCAUCUCGUGAUAGCGUGCUAAGUGAUGGCCUCUCAAUGGAGGUCGGUCACGGCAGCAUUAUAAGCGCUAGCACAUCGCGGGUAAUGCAACCGGAUGAGCAGUUUGACGAGGGAUCUCAUAAUAGGCCAGCAUCGGACUCAGACGGGGAAAAAAUUGACGGAACUCUUGCAGAACCACUUGUCGAGGACUCAACGGAACAGACCUGCAACACCGACAUGCUAAAUGCCGAUCUCGAGGUGUCAGAAACGGCGAAUUCAGUGUUCAGGAUGGAGGAGGCGGCCGAGCGCUCGAAGAGCCAAGAGGACGACGCCAACACGGCGCAGAGUUCGCAGAGCUGCAAGCUGACCGAGGUGAUGGGAUCUCCUGUUAUUAAAGAGGUGUCAUUCCUGGGCGGCACGCAGAGCUCGCUCAAUUCGAACGAUGACAUCGUCCUGCCGCAGAACCUCAGCCGCUACGCGAGUAAAGAUCCCAGUCGCUGCAACUCAAACUCGUUAAGUUCCAUUCCGGGUACGCUAGGUGGCACGGCUGGAUCGGGUGCACUUGCGGACAAUCCGACUGACUUCCAUCAGGCCCUCGAAAUUAUUCGAGAGCAAGAAAGAAGACAAAGCGAAUAUGCCGCAGAUUCCACUUCUACCCAGGAUGGUCGUGAUUUCAAAAAGGGGGGCUCUUUAUAUCUCGCUAGUGACGAGCUGCAGGAUUGUCCUGUCCCGGAAGGGGUUGCUGAUAGGGCGACCAAUGGGGCAACUGGCGUAGUGGCAAAAAUGAGCGACACAAGAUUCGAGGAAGCGAAUCCUGAAAAAAACAAUAACAUAGAAGAAAAGACGAUACCAGAUAGGAAAGCUGAUGACGAUCUAAAGACAGAACCGUCAUCACAAGCUACAGAAAUUGUUGAAGCAGAGAUGAAUUCUACAACUGCAACUAUCGUUGAAACAACAAAUCAGAAAACCGCGAUCAACGGAAAAUAUAGUGUGCUCAAUGGGAAAGCCGACGAGUACGAAAUGCAGAGCGUAAGAAACGAUGAACAGCGGCCAGCGGAAGAAGAAGUCAGUGACUAUCUGUCGAAUUUAACUUCCGAAUUCAUAGCUAGCCAAAAGCAACAACUCGAGCUGCAGUCACAGGCUUUGCAGAAUGAGAUUAAUCGAAUCCAGCGACAAACCGCGGAGGUGACGGCAUCAAUGGCAGAUGACUGCGCAGAGCUUCUAGGUUUGUUUGGAGUGCCGUUUGUUCGGGCUCCCCGUGAGGCCGAGGCUCAAUGCGCCGCACUGGAACACACCGGCCUAGUCGAAGGAGUCGUUACCGAUGAUUCGGAUAUUUUUCUAUUUGGUGGACAGACGGUGUACAAAAAUCUCUUUUCGCAAAACGCCCAUUGCGAAGUGUUCACAGCGAAAACAAUCGAAACUCGACUAAAGUUAGGUCGAGAGGAUUUAAUUGGAUUCGCAAUGUUGACUGGUAGUGAUUACACGAACGGAAUUGAGAACGUUGGUCCAGUGACUGCAUGCGAGAUUCUGGCUGAGUUCCGAGGGGAGCAAAGCAAGGAUGUACUCAAAGCGCUCAGGGACUUCAAGGAUUGGUGGACAUUAGCGCAGAAGGGAGCGAUCUUGCCGAAGAAUUCAGUCCGGACGCGAUUUAUCAAGUUGAGGCUUGAUGACAGAUUCCCAAGCGAGAUGGUGUUCAGUGCGUACGACAAGCCGAUCGUGGACAGUUUUAAAGAGAAAUUUUCAUGGUCUCGUCCCGAUCUCGAUUUAUUGCGAACGUUUGCGUCUCGUAAAUUUAAUUGGCCCCAGGACAAAACCGAUGGUUACUUACUGCCGAUAAUGAAAAAGUAUGAAGAUCGCAGUGCUCAAUCGAGGAUUGAUAGCUUCCUUUUACCCAGCAUUCAAAAACGCGAAAAUCUGUUUCCUAGCAAACGACUAAAAGCAGCUGUGGGAAAAAUUCGAGCGGCGCCACAGAAAGAGGCCAAUUUGUCUGAAAGUAGUUCCGAUGAAAGUGAUUAAUAUAGGAAGAAGGUUAUCGACGUAUUGAUGACAGAUGUCACCUACGGACUAAUGCUUAGAGGCGAGAAGGCUGUUGAAUAAUUGUUGUUUUUUAAGGGAUUCAUGGAGAACUAUGAUGAUGAUGGCUAGAAUUGUUCUUUCACCGAAAGAAAUAUCACUAUUUGCAAACCGUUUGCGAGUGUAAUGUAAAAUAUGAGUAAAGAGAAAUUAAGAUGGAGGGGUAAGGAUAAGUUUUUUUGAAAUAUAAAAUAUUCCUCGUAUUAAAGUUACUUAUUGUUAUGCGAGUGACCAAAUAUGCGACCAACAUGAGCGGGGUAAUACAAGUUUAAUAUUGCUUCGAAUAUAUAUAUAUAUAUAUAAGCUCUUUAUCGCCUAGUAUCAUCUCCGAGGCCUGCUUUUGCAGUGGUUCACAUUUGAUUACCCCCUAUAAAAUACCGAUAAAAAGUAACGCUCAGAAAUCAUAAAGUAAUGUGUAGCAUAGGAUCUACGAUUUGUCAUUUAUUUAUCAAUAAUAAAGAUAUUGUUUACUUCUGUUAAGUAUUUAGUAAAAAGCAAGAUUACAAAAAAAAACAUGAAAUGAACGAAUUUUUAUACCAUUGGACUAAUUAAAGUACAUCUAAACCUAGAUAGGUAUGACAGUAUCUAUAUGAUUAUUGCUUCGAAAAAUAUGAUCUUGCGAAAGCUGGAGCGAGGCUAUUCGGCUAUUAUGAGCCGAGUUCGUAUUCGUGGGUAAUUAUAAUACGAAAUAGGGCUGCCCAGAUGACGACUCUCGUACUCCGUGGCCAGUCAGCGAUGCGGUGAGAAUGGAUAUGUGUGCUGCGUGUUUCUAGUGUGUUCGAUUGUACAUAUGGUGCGCUUUCAUGGAGUGUGUUGCUUAAAGACAUACAAAUAAAAAUGUAGAUAUAUUCAUGCUAUCAUUUAAUAAAAAUAAAAUUAAACGCAGAAAAUGUAGGACAGAAAGUAAAGGCUGUUCUCCUAUACUUUUAAUAUAUGCUAAUAAUUGUUUAAGUUCUGUUACUUUCCGUACAGUUUAUGUAUAAGGUGAAUAUUUGGUCGUAUUUAUCUCGGAGUUACUUAAUAAAUAUUACCAUUCAGAAUUUUUUUUUAAAUUUAAAAAUUAAGAGGUUUAUCGAAUGAGAAGAUUUUCGAACGUCUUCCUUGAAUAAAAAAAUUGUCCUAUACACAAAAAGCCAGUGUCGUUAUCUUGAAAAUGCUGGAACUUCAUUCAUUAGUAAAUGAGCCUAUAAAAUCGAUUCUCUGACUACGCAGUAUAUAGAUAUUUAUUGUAAUAUAUAUUGAACUAUUGAAACUCUAUAAAUCUCGUCCAUUUUGGAAAUAAGUGAUUAAUAAGCAAUCCUGUGAAUGAGGAUUAUAAAUAAUGUAGGUUGCCAAAACAUUUCGCCAUAUAAAUUGGAGCAUUUUGUAAUAAUUACUUUCUAUUGAUUAAGGUCGCAACGUGCGAGAUGAUAGCUCAAAAACCGUGUUUUUGUGCGUUAUAAGAACAUAAAUAAUAUAGAACGCUUUUUGGUUUAAAUUUAGAAGACUUGAUCAAAAAGGAAGGGAACGUAUUUAGAUAAAAUAUAUAAGGAAUUUUGGGUCGCUUUUCUAGAGACAGAGUAAUAACCUAUUUCAAGCUGAUUCCAUAAUAAAUUCAUCAUGUACGCUGCAUUUGAAACAAAGCUCUCAGUAGCAGAAUUUCGAUUGGACACGUUUGUACUUGAAAUUUUGAGGUGAUUUUCGUGCCAUCGGAUCAGAAGAUGCGGAGCACACACAUUGGAUCGUCAAAAAGGUUUUCCUUCAAGAUGGGAGUCCGAAAUUCUGUUAAAAACUUGGGACAAGAGCACUCUAAUAGAUACACGGAAUGUAAACUUUUUAUUAGUAAACUGUACAUUGAUGGCACUAUGCGAAGGAC